UUCGGCAAUCGCAACGACUCUGAGUUGGAAAUGGAAGAAGAAGCUCCCACACUGAGACUCGUAAUGCUGCAAGGUCCUCGAGAAGGAGAAACCCUAGACUUCCCACCAGGAACUUCCAUCCGAAUCGGCCGAGUCGUCCGAGGCAACUCGUUCGCCAUAAAGGACCCUGGCAUUUCCUCCAAACACUUCUCCAUAGUAAACGAAUCUAACAAAUGGCUCCUCCAAGACCUCGACUCCUCAAACGGCACCGUUUUCGAGGGUUCCAAAAUCCCUCCCCACACCCCCUUCCCUCUCCACCACGACUCCACCAUCAAGAUCGGAGAACUCACCUCCAUCCACGUCAUCUUCCUCCCCUCCCAACAGCAACACACCACGGCCACUCACGUGCGACGAAACCCCACUCGUGGCGCUCGAACCGGUGAACCCGUUCAGCCGGUCGCCAAACGUGGUCGUCCUGCAGGCAAGGGUUCCAAGGCCAGGGUUCAGAUUCAGACCAUCGACAAAAAUGCAAGCGUUGCAAACGAAUCUAGCUACGCGGCUCCACCCGCGCGUGUCACUCGGAAUUCCAGGAAAAAACCGGUUUCUGAUUCGAGUGUUUUGAAUUUGGAGGAAGAAGCCAAGAGUACUCUGAACCCUACUUUGAUUGAAAUAUCUGAUUUGGACGCUCCGGUUGAAGAGCCGAAGAAUUCGAAGGAAGCGAUUGGGGAUAGUACUGAGAAUUCGAGGAUAGAGUGUGGAGUGAAGAAUUUUGAGAAGAAGGAAACAAGGGAUGAUAGUGAAAUCAAAGAGAGAGAAAAGGAGAAUUUGAAUGGAAAUUGGCCUGAUUUGAAGAAGAUGAGUCUGGGUGAGUGGUUUGAUUUCUUGGAAGUUCACUUCCCGAAGCAGAUAAUGGAUGCAACUGAAGAGAUGAUUGAAUCCAUGAACCAAAAAGCUCAGAGACUCCGCGACUAUAUCAUUUUGACGCAGCAGCAGAAUGACAAGGUUAAAUUGGCUGUGAAGGAAUAG